GUUCGCUCUGCCGUAAAGCGAAGUGCAGUAUUCCAGUUUGUGUUGGUUGAAUCAAGAGAGAAUCAGGAUGUGUCUGUCUUCCACACUAAUAUUAACCGUUAUUUUAGGGUUUUUGGGGCAAUAUGUGGCAUUUGCACGACAAGAUGUGACAACUGAUUUGUUUGGGUCAGAGAAUUAUGGAACCGUCGCCGCAUUUGGUGAUUUUAACUCGGAUAAACAGACAGACAUUUUCAUCAUCAGAGAACAGUCUGAGCUGGUGAUCUUUUUGGCUGAUCUGAAAGCACCCUACUUCAAGCCAAAAGUUCGUCUUGGCAAAGAUGACAUCCCGAAUGACAUGGCUAUCAGUAGUGUGGUCCCCGGGGACUUCGAUGGAGACUCCCAGAUGGAUGUGCUGCUCACCGCGUCACCAAAGGGACAAGUCACGCCUGACACCACGGUGUUUGUCUUCUGGGGAAACAACCAGACUUUGGAUAAAACUUCACGGGUUAAGCUGAACAAGACCUUUAAGGAUCAGCCUCUGGUCAUGGAUUUUAAUGGCGACAUGAUCCCAGACAUCUUUGGAGUGGUUGGUGAUUCCACGCAAGUCUGCUAUCUCACCAGAAGGGAGGUGUCAUGGCAGGACGCUCUCGGCAGUGUUCAGAUGCGGGUUCCCCACUCCAAUGCGUUCAUCGACCUGAAUAAAGACUUCACCGCCGGUAAGUUCACCGCCCAGUGCUCAGUGCGGAGAAUGUAAACAGUCUUAAAGCUUGAAGACAUACAGGGACGAGGAGAUCUGCAUCUCUUUACGUGUCUGCAUAAAGGGCUCUUCAUGUUAGUGUUUGAAAACACACUCUAUGUGGGGGUUAAGGU